AUGUUGCCUUAUAUUGGAGAUUUGCCCGAGGUCAAAUCGUUUAUCGGAGUUAUUUUUGCUGUCACAGGCAAUAUUUUGAUAUCUGUCGCAUUGAACAUUCAGAAAAAUGCCCACAAUGAGCUUCGGAAGCUUCACCAACUCGAUCAACUUGAUUAUGAGGCGUACAUAGGCAAUCGUUUAUAUAGUUCAGAAUCGAACACACAUAACUUGGAUACUACCGAUACCGAAGGCUACGAAGUGUUGUUGGAUCCUGAACAAUAUAGCGAAAAAAAUUACCUUCAUUCUAAAUCAUGGUGGGCUGGAAUACUUUUAAUGAUUGUCGGAGAACUAGGAAAUUUCAUCGCAUACGCGUUUGCACCAGCUUCCGUCGUAGCUCCUCUUGGAACGGUUGCACUAAUUUCUAAUGUCAUUUUAGCGCCGAUCAUGCUCAAAGAGACGUUUAGAACUCAGGACUUGGCCGGAAUUCUAAUUGCGAUCAUUGGUGCCGUCCUUGUGGUAUUAACUUCAAAGUCGGAAGAAGUAAAACUUUCACCGGGAGCAAUAUGGGCUGCCAUAAAACAGCCACAAUUCACAAUUUAUCUUUUCAUAACAUGCGCACUUGCCGUUUCGUUACUUUACCUCUCUGAUAGAAUCGGACAUAAAUUGAUAAUCAUUGAUCUAUCGUUGGUGGCGAUAUUCGCAACUGAUCGCAUUGAUUCUGAGGCGCCGGAUCGAAGAUUAUCAGUUAGACCACGCCACUUGGACAACGCGAAGAAAGCGAAACAAUCUGGUUUCGUGUUAACCGGUGGUGCAAUAUUAUCGGAUCAUAGUAACGAAGGCCGUAUGAUCGGCAGUGUAAUGGUGUUUGAAGCUGAAUCCGAGGAACAAGUUAGGAAAGCCGUUGAACAGGAUCCGUAUGUUAUUGAAAAUGUUUGGGAAAGUUACGAGAUCAUUCCAUUUAAAUU